AUGAACUAUAUAAUAGACGAUCUCGACAAAAUGGCCAGACUCUUUGCCACUGCCAUUGCCAUUACAGGUGCUCUUGCUCAAACAAACUGCACAGGUUCCUCAUAUGUGCCCGGAAGCGUGAAUUUCACAUUGGAAUGCUACAAUGCCAUCCAGAAUUGUGUCUCGAAGUUUGAAGCCAACGCCAGCCUUGUGGACUGCAACGAUGGCCAGGGCAACAUCUACAUGCAACAACAAGCAUCUCUGACUUCAACUUCCCCGAACAGUGACAUUGUGAUUGCCUUCCAGGACAUAUUGGAGCUUUGCAUCCUCAGCGGUUCCACUUCAGGUACAUGGGGAUAUAGUGAUAAUCAAUGGUACUGGACCGCGGCAGAACCUGCAUGUUAUGUUGAUAGCACUACAGAUGUUGUUCCGACUCGGCCUGCGCCUUUCUGUAUUCAGGAUAGAGAUUCCUCGCUUCCUGACUGCUAUCCUCAGCCAAAAUCAAUAGCUUCGUCUGCGAACAAAUUCAAGGUGCUGAAAACUUCUGGGAGUACGCCAAAUGGUUUCAACUCAUCCGCGAGAGGCUGGAAUACAUACGGUAUCCAGGCAUUGUCAAAUGGGUCAGAGGUCGUCCCAUCUUUUGUUGGGUCGUCGGGCCUAAAUUACUUGCAAGAGUUCGUCAAGACGCAAUGUGGAGUACUCGCCCAGUCCGGAUUCCAACAAGCGGGUUAUGUAUAUUGCAGUCUUGAUUCUGGCUGGCAGACCCAAACUACAGACGAAUAUGGUCGUAUAGUCUAUGACUCAACAAGAUUCAAUUUACCUCAACUAGCCUCGUGGCUACAUGGUCAAGGCCUUAAACUUGGUGUUUAUGUUGUUCCAGGCGUCCCUUGCUCUGCGGCAAACAAGACUAUUAAAGGAACUAACAUUUCAAUCAAUGAUGCAUUGAACGGCAAUAAUGAUCAGCUUUAUUGCUCUUGGAAUUUUUCCAAGGACGGCGUGCAGGAAUGGCACGAUUCCGUAGUUGCGCAAUGGGCGUCAUGGGGAGUUGAUAUGAUCAAACUGGACUUUUUGACCCCAGGAAGUCCUCAAAACGGAGCAAAUCUGGACUGCGAUAGUUCCGAUGCCGCACACGCAUAUCUCAAUGCAAUAAAAGCCUCUGGUCGGCAUAUGCGAUUGGAUCUGUCAUGGAAACUGUGCAGAAACGAGACUUGGCUUCCAAUAUGGAGCCAGCUGGGUGAUUCAAUGCGUAUUGAUCAGGAUCUCGACAACUAUGGGUACAAUACAUUUGUCGCUUGGGCAACUGCUCAACGAGCAAUUGAUAACUAUCGUCAAUACAUCGGCCUCCAAGCACAGCGCAAUGUACCACUCACAACCUAUCCAGACAUGGACAAUCUUUUCACAGCCAAUGCGGAAAACCUGACUGGAGUUCCAGACUUGCAACGCAUCACAAUCAUGAAUCAUUGGCUUGGAGCCGGCGCAAAUCUGAUCCUUGGUGGCGAUCUCACGGCCAUCGACUCAUUGGGCUAUCAACUGCUCACAAGUGCCGAAUCUAUUGCUGCCGCAGAUUUCUUCAGUCAAUAUCCUAUGCAACCCCGAAAUCCAAGUACAGGAGAUAAUCUUGCGCAGCAGCUGCAGGCCUGGAUCGCUGGACCAUCGGAUGAUUCGAUCGCUUAUGUUCUUCUCGUAAACUAUGGGCCUGAUCAGGGCCAAGGAGGGUUCGGUACCCAGCUUAAAGGUAUCCAGGACGUGACUGUAUCGUUAGAAGAUCUAGGCAUUUCUGGAAGUUCAUGGCAUGCAACAGACCUUUGGAACGGGACAGCCACGAAGAUCACCGACUCAUAUACCGUGGCCUUGGAUGAGGGCGCCUCUCAGCUUUUGCGUCUUACUACGGCUUCGUGAUCUCUACACCGAAGGAAAUAUAUGAAUACGAUAUGACCAGCGCCUUAGUUUUAAGUUCCAAAAUUUUCCUACUGUGCA